ACGACGCCGACCGGCGAUCAUCAUCCGUCCUACCGUCUGCAGUUGCAGUCGGCCACCGCGCUCACCAUCGAGCACGCGACAUUCCGUUCGUGGGGAUUCCCGACGCGUUCAACGUGCCCGUUCGCUCUGCCACUCGAACAGGAUACGUGGAUAGUGAGUCACACAGGUGGUAUAACGCAGCAAGCUGGAUAAGAAAUCCUACUUCUAAGACUCGAUUUCGAUCGAUCGCAAGCGAUACCGAUCGGCACCGGUUUCUCUACUCGCCGUCGAACCGCGCGUCUGAUGACUCCUCGCGUCCAGUGAUUCGGGGACAGUGAGGGUACUCACGCGAAGAAGGGGUAUCCACGGUGACAAGAAAGGAAGCAACCGGAAGGAAGUCCGUUUGGAAGCGCUUCGCACGGAAAUUGAUCGAAGAAUCUUCAGGGCAGUCGAAGGAGAAGGAGAAUUAAAUUGCAAAGUGUUAGAAGAGAAAUUGAAAGGAAGAAGUGCAGGGUGGAAGUUGAAGCAGUUGGUGCGUCGGAAGAACAUUUACACAGGUCGUGAAACACGGUAACACGGAGGGGGUUUUACAUGCGUCAUCGUCGUGCGGGUACAAAUCGCACGCGACGAAACGUUUCGACGGCAGUACACGUGCGUAACGACGCGCUCGAUCGCUACAACGUACCGCGCCGUUCUGAUCCUCUCAAAAGGAUACGUGGUGAUAAAUGCGGUGCCGGAGAUGACGCCGUCCGCGUUCUCCAAAAUGCUCACCCGGCUCCUCCUGGUGGGCCUCCUCCUCGUCGCUUGCAACGGUGUACCUGUAACGGAGGAGCCUGAUGUCACAACCACGAUCAAACCUAUCAGUACUGCGAUAGAUAAUACGGUGUCCGAUGAUCCUGAAAUUCAAGGCCAUCUGAUGGACGAUGUCCUGCCGGGAACAAAAGUACCACCGAACCCAGUGGUAUUUGUAGACGUCCCGGAACACACGGAAACGGAACUUGGGUCGUCGGUGCUUCUGGCAUGCAGAACCGCAAAUCCUGUGGCCGAGUGCCAGUGGUCCUGGCAGCCUUUACCACCGGUUCAUUUGCCCCUUCCGGAUAUCAGUGAAAGCCCAGCGACUUCGACAACCACCACAGUCUCGGUGAUUCAGACGACAGCUACGCCGACUACCAAUCCGUUGCCGGUACAACAAUUUCCUGCCUUCGGGAACAAUAGCAACGACUGUUCUGUCAGAUUCUCGAGCACGAAGCACGAGCAGACCGGAUAUUGGACCUGCGGCGCGAGAUCCUCCAAGAAUGAUUCUUUCACCAGCACGGAACCUGCUAAGCUGGGCAUCAUUAACGAGAAACAAGGUUCGAUGGUGGUAUUUUCCAAGCUUGAUAACGUUGUCGAAAUACCAGCAGGAUCAUCAGCGCAAUUAAUUUGUCAGACGAAGUCUCCAGUUCGUGAAUGCCAAUGGUCCUGGAGACAAUUGAAUCAAUCUCAGCCAUGGAAUUUGGAGAUGAAGCGAUUCCCAGCCUUUGGCAAUGAUAGCACAGAUUGCAGUAUUAAAUUUAAGAAUGUCCUGGCGGAGCAAGAAGGACAUUGGACGUGUGGUGCCAGAAUCAGUCCAAAUUCCUCUUUCACUCAGUCGAAUCCUAUAAGAUUUGUGAUUUCAGAAGUCGAGUUCGUACAAUUGUCCAGAGGAAUUCAGAUAGCACCUGGUGAAUCGGUGCUCCUCAGAUGUCUGGUAAACAAACCUGUGGUCCAAUGCGAGUGGUCCUGGAGGUCUACGAAUUCCAGUCAGGAGCCUCUGUUAGUUAAAAAAUUCAACCCAAAUAAAGACACUGAUCACGAUUGUUCUGUACGAUUUAAAAACAUCCUGUACGAGAAGGAAGGACUCUGGACCUGCGGUGUUCGAUUGUCUCCGGAUGGAAUCCUACAUGAAGCACCUCCUGCGACUGUCAGUCUCCUACCUACAGCCAAAGUGAACUUCGUUGAAAUGCCAGCUGAUACUUCCGUGCCGAUCGGUACCGAGGCCACGUUGAAAUGCGUAACGAGCAGCCGCGUCGAAAAAUGUACGUGGACCUGGAAGCCGCUCCACGGAAGUGACUCCGAGAUCGUUGUUCAAGAAUUCCCAAGCAACGGCGACCUUGGAAGAGACUGCUCGCUCACUCUUGCCCAGGUGUACGCUGAGAAACAGGGUCAGUGGUCUUGCCAGGUGUCCAUAAGCUCCUUGAACACUGUUCUGACGUCUCCUUACGUGAAGCUCAUCGUCUUCGAGCAAGACGAGGUAAAAUUCUCGGAGCUGUCGCAGGACAUCCAAAUAGCCAAAGGCAGCAGUGUCCUCCUUCGUUGCAUGACCUCUUCAGCAGUGGAGCAGUGUCGAUGGUCUCUUACCCCAGUGAAUUCGAACACCACAGUGGUGGUGAAACAGUUUCCUCCUAUUGGAAACGAAGACAGAGACUGUAGUGUCAGACUGUCUUACGCUCUGGAGGAACAGGAAGGAUUAUGGACCUGUGGCGCGAGGAUACGUGGCAGUCAGAACUACACUGAUGCCCCCCCAGCCAAGCUGAGUCUGCUGGAACCAGAGCCAGUUACCAUGGCAUUAUGGGCAUCGCCCCAUCAGAUGGUCAUUCUUACAUGCAAGGUAGAAAAGGUGAUGCCAAACGUAGAGUGUCACUGGAUCCAUGCACCUGAAACACACAUUUCUCAAAAUAUUAGUGGAAGCCGGAGAUACAAUUUGCAAAUGGAUCGUAGAACAGGAGUAUGCACAUUGGAAUUCAAACCAGAUCAUUCGGAUUUGGGACAAUGGACAUGUAGUUUUAUUAUUUCUGGAGAAAAUUCGGAGGAAGAAAUAGGAAGUGAUUCUAUUGUUCUAUUAAAUGGUUUAGGAGAUGAGAAACUAGGGUGGAUAGUAGGUGCUCUGACGGCUCUUACUUUGUUCCUGAUGAUUACUAUAGUUGUCUUAGUAGUCUGUAAGACACGAUUGUUCGUUAGGAAGUCGCCGCCAAUUUUGGAGACCGUACCAGCAUCUGGAAAACAACGAGAUUCACAGCUAAACAAUGAACGGUAUCCCGAAAAUUUAGUAAGAGUAGAUCUUCAAGUUCCUGAAAGAAAUAAUCAAAAUACAAGCAACAUUGAUUGCGUCCUUCCAAAUAGAAGUCCACAUUUUUGUGAACGAGUUGGGAAAUAUAAAAACUCCUUGAAAGUGUACGAAAAUAUGAAAAUGUGAGAAACUUGAGUGUUUGAUUCAAAAUUAAUUGUAUUGUACAGUCAAAUGUAUCUUAUGAUAUAAAUAAAUGUUUAUUAGAAAACGUA